GCGCAGGUCGAGCCCCAGCGCGCUUGCGCGGACUACGCGCACCUCCCCGCGAGUCCCGGCGACGACCUGUGACGCAACUUCCGGCGUGAGCGGCGAAAGCCGGGAGGGCGAGCAGGUUAGCGAGCAGGCUGCAGGCGGUGGGCGGGCGCCGGCACGGAGGGAGCGAGCGAGCGAGCGGCCAGAGAGCCAGCGAGGGCGGCCGGGUCCCGAGGGCAGCGGAGACUCCUCAGGUCCCUCCGGCCCCCUCCCCGGAGCCCGCAGCGCCUCUGGUCUCCAGUGGAGCGGACACGGCCCGGCCCGGCCAUGGCCUCGCUGCUGAAGGUGGAUCAGGAAGUGAAGCUCAAGGUUGAUUCUUUCAGGGAGCGAAUCACAAGUGAGGCAGAAGAUUUGGUGGCAAAUUUUUUCCCAAAGAAAUUGUUAGAACUUGAUAGUUUUUUGAAGGAACCAAUCCUGAAUAUCCAUGACCUAACUCAGAUCCACUCGGACAUGAAUCUCCCAGUCCCGGACCCCAUUCUCCUCACCAACAGCCACGACGGACUGGAUGGCCCCACUUACAAGAAGCGAAAGUUGGAUGAAUGUGAAGAGGCCUUGCAAGGAACAAAGGUGUUCGUGAUGCCCAACGGGAUGCUGAAGAGCAACCAGCAGCUCGUGGACAUCAUCGAGAAAGUGAAGCCCGAGAUCCGGCUGCUGAUCGAGAAGUGUAACACGGUCAAGAUGUGGGUACAGCUCCUGAUUCCCAGGAUAGAAGAUGGAAACAACUUUGGGGUGUCCAUUCAGGAGGAGACAGUUGCAGAACUAAGAACUGUUGAGAGUGAAGCUGCGUCUUACCUGGACCAGAUCUCCAGAUACUAUAUUACCAGAGCCAAGUUGGUUUCUAAAAUAGCUAAGUAUCCCCAUGUGGAGGACUAUCGCCGCACCGUGACAGAGAUCGACGAGAAGGAGUACAUCAGCCUCCGGCUCAUCAUCUCGGAGCUGCGGAACCAAUACGUCACUCUACACGACAUGAUCCUGAAAAACAUUGAGAAGAUCAAACGGCCCCGGAGCAGCAACGCGGAGACGCUGUACUGAAGCUGGGCGGGGCCGGGGCUCUGUGAGUCUGGCCCGAGACCCAGACAGAGACCGAGACCCAGGUCACCCUGGUUUGUUACCUAACUGUCUCUCCGUGGGAGCCUGGCUGGAAGUCGUAACCACACCUCUGUUUUUAGUUAGUCUAAUGAAACUCUCAUCUAGUCCUGUGA